UGGAAGAUGUCUCUAAAUGUACCGAGAGGCCUGCGGAUAGUUGCUGUGAUGGUGAUUCUAGUGGUGUGGAGCACUCUGGUGACUGAAGGCAGGGACACUCCAAGUAACUACCUGAGUCAGAUUAAGCACCUGUGCUACUACACCAACGGGACGCAGCGGGUGCGGCUCGUGGACAGAUACAUCACCAACCGCGUGGAGAACGUGCGCUUCGACAGCGACGUGGGGAAGUUCGUGGCGGUGACCACGGACGCGGAGCAGGACGCGAAGAACUGGAACUCACAGAAGGACUCACUGGAGCAGAAGCGGGCCGAGGUGGACACGGCGUGCAAACCCAACUAUGAGUUGGCCGCCGCCUCGAUUUUGAGCCAGCGAGCAAAACCUAAAGUGACCGUCUACCCAAGCAAGACAGAGGCUUUAAACCACCACAACCUGCUGAUGUGUUUGGUGACAGAUUUCUACCCAGGCCAAGUGAAUGUUCGGUGGUUCCGGAAUGAACAGGAGGAGACAGCUGGCGUUGUAUCCACCCCACUUAUUAGGAAUGGGGACUGGACCUUCCAGAUCAUAGUGAUGCUGGAAAUGACUCCCCAGCGUGGAGAUGUCUACACCUGCCAAGUGGAGCACCCCGUGCUCGAGACCCCCAUCACUGUGGAGUGGCGAGCCCAGUCUGAUUCUGCCCGGAACAAGAUGCUGAGCGGCAUUGGAGGAUUUGUGUUGGGGUUGUUCUUCCUUGGAUUGGGCCUCUUCAUCCAUUACAAGAACAAGAAAGGACCUCAUGGGCCUUUGCCAACAGGGCUCCUGCACUGACUCCUGAUGAUCUCCUGAAGGUCUUUGAUGGAUACUUCUUUCUCCUCUUCUGUAAUACCUGCCUGUAACUGCCCAUAAUUUGCAGUUGCCUGCAAGUUUCUGUCUCUGAGAUUGGAAUCUUCUGAC